GAGUGUCUCGGCGCAGCCCAGCCGAGCACCGCGCGCCGUCAACUGCAGCCCGCGGCCCCUCGCCUCCGCCCGCCUUCCCCGCGGCCCCGCAGCCUUAAACUCCUUAAAACCUCCGCAGCCGCGCGUCCCACAGCGCCCGGUCUGAUCAACAGAAGAUGGCCAAGCCCAGCCACAGCAGCUAUGUCCUCCAGCAGCUAAACAACCAAAGAGAGUGGGGCUUCCUCUGCGACUGCUGCAUCGCUAUCGACGACAUUUACUUCCAAGCACACAAAGCCGUCUUGGCUGCCUGCAGCUCCUAUUUUAGAAUGUUUUUCAUGAACCAUCAGCACAGUACCGCACAGCUGAAUCUCAGCAACAUGAAAAUAAGCGCCGAGUGUUUUGAUCUCAUCUUGCAGUUCAUGUAUUUAGGAAAGAUUAUGACCGCUCCUUCCAGUUUUGAGCAGUUCAAGGUGGCGAUGAACUACCUUCAGCUGUACAAUGUCCCCGACUGCUUAGAAGACAUACAGGACUCGGACUGUUCCAGUUCAAAAUGUUCGUCUUCUGCUUCCAGCAAACAAAACAGCAAGAUGAUCUUCGGGGUAAGAAUGUAUGAAGACACAGUGGCUAGAAAUGGCAGCGAGGCCAACAGGUGGUGUGCAGAGCCCAGCUCAACGGUGAAUACACCACACAACAGAGAGCCAGAUGAAGAGUCUUUACAGUUAGCUACCUUUCCUGAGCCACUGUUUGAUGUGUGUAAAAAAAGUUCUGUGUCCAAAUUAUCUGCUCCGAAAGAACGCGUGUCCCGGCGCUUUGGACGGAGUUUUACCUGUGACAGUUGUGGAUUUGGCUUCAGCUGUGAAAAGCUGCUGGAUGAGCAUGUGCUGACCUGUACUAACAGACACUCGUACCAAAGCACAGCCAGAGCGUACCACCGGGUGGUAGAUACUAGAGAUGGGAAAGAUGGUAACGUCAAAGCCGAGCAUGGUGGGAAGGAUUCUUCUAAAACGUUCUCUGCACAGACAGACAAAUACAGAGAAGACGCUGGCCAGGCGCCUGAUGAUUCAGCUUCGACCACUGGAAGCAGAAAAGGCACAGUGGAGCCUGGCGAAGAAAAAAGUAGAGCUGCUGAGACGAAAAGAAUUAUUAUCAAGAUGGAGCCAGAAGAUAUUCCUACGGACGAGAUGAAAGACUUUAACAUUAUUAAAGUGACUGACAAGGACUGCAAUGAAUCCACUGACAAUGACGAGCUAGAAGACGAACCUGAAGAGCCAUUCUAUAGAUACUAUGUUGAGGAAGAUGUCGGCAUUAAGAAAACUGGUAGGAAAACCCUAAAACCCCGCAUGUCCAUAGGCGUGGAUGAGAGAGGUGGUUUAGAGAACAUGAGGCCCGCUAACAACAGCAGCCCCAUACAAGAGGACGCUGAAAAUGCUUCCUGUGAGUUAUGUGGACUCACGAUAACUGAGGAAGACCUGUCAUCCCAUUACUUAGCCAAACACAUCGAAAACAUCUGUGCGUGUGGCAAAUGUGGACAGAUACUUGUUAAGGGCAGGCAGCUUCAGGAACACGCUCAGAGAUGUGGAGAGCCUCAGGAUCUAACACUGAAUGGGCUAGGGACCACAGACGAGAAGAUGGACAUGGAAGAGAACGCUGAUGAGCAGUCUGAGAUAAGAGACAUGUUUGUGGACAUGCUAGAUGACUUCAGGGACAAUCAUUACCAAAUUAACAGCAUCCAGAAGAAACAGUUAUUUAAACAUUCUGCCUGUCCCUUUCGAUGUCCUAAUUGUGGCCAGCGCUUUGAAACUGAAAAUUUAGUGGUUGAACAUAUGUCUAGCUGCCUAGACCAAGAAAUGUUUAAGAGUGCCAUCAUGGAAGAAAAUGAAAGAGAUCACAGACGAAAACACUUCUGUAAUCUGUGUGGAAAGGGAUUUUAUCAGCGGUGUCAUUUGAGAGAACACUACACUGUUCAUACUAAGGAGAAGCAGUUUGUCUGUCAGACAUGUGGAAAGCAGUUUUUAAGAGAGCGGCAGUUGCGCCUGCACAAUGACAUGCACAAAGGCAUGGCCAGUGGUGCAAUAGGGCUAUCUAAGCCUCUGGAGAAGUGACAGAUCUGAAUGUGGAGAGGACAUGGGGAAGAGGCAUUCUACAGCAGAUAACCUUUAAGUGCAGACCCAGGAAAUCACUCUGAUGUGGCACCGUCUUUUCUGUCUUCCUGACAGACAUCAUCAUCCCCAAAGUUCCAGUGACAAAGAUCCAAGGAAACUCAAUAAAGAUCACUUUGGAAUCACUUUGUUGUAACAAAACUGAUUCACGGUGACUCUCCUAGUACUUACGGAAAAUCUGCUAAAGAAAAGUGACUGUAAAAGUCAUGUGACAUCAGUGAUCAAAGCUACACUAAAACGAAACUUUGUGCCAUGUAUCGUCACAGUUCCUUUCUAGAAUAAAGGGCUUGCUAGACUACUGUACAUACAUUAUAAAGGGAGAAAAUUGCAUAUUGCCAUAGACACAUACCAUUCUAAACUAAAAAUAACCAGAAUUGUAGCUUAUAUAUUAUGAAAUGUAGUUAAGCAAUUUAAAAGGGUACUAAAAAUAUCUGUAGAGUAUAAGUAAAAAGAAAUGGGUACAGAAAAAGAAAAUCCAAGACCAGAUAAUGUAGCUGUUACAGAAAUGUAACACUGGCCCGCCUGUUUCCUCACUCUACCAGUCACAGACUUGUUUAUGAAUAGUAGUGGUAGAUCCUCACUAAUCAUACAUUACACUGUCUUCUGAACUUAUCAAUGUGAAUCCACAAUGUAGAAUACAUGUGUUAACCUCAGAAUUAGUGUAUUCUGCCAUGCUCAUCUUCAAUUUUCAAGACAAAGUACUAAAUGAAAUGAUAAUGUGUUGAUAAAAACCUUUCCUGAGGAGAUUAUGUAGUGAGAUUUGAGUCUGGCUGUGACUACCAAUGCUUUGCUACACAUCACUCUUUAACUGUAUGAAUCUUGUACCCGUAUUAUCUCCUUAUUGUGAAUAUACUUUCUUUUACUUUUUGUAACUAUGUGGCUGAUUUCUUAUGGCUUCUUUGUUUUUUGUGUGUAUGUAAUAUCAAAUGGUUAAGUUCUUACUUUGGUUUAUGCAAUUUUUUUUUUCAAAUAUUUUAAUAAGUUACACAAAGA